UUGCAGAGAGAGAGAGAGAGAGAAAGAGAGAGAGACAGAGACAGAGAGACAGAGAAGGCGGGCGAGGUAGAGUUUCCACAGUUUUUCUACAGCAGUGAACUUUCUGCUGUUUUUGGUGUUUUUCGGUUUGAAGUUGAGUUGUGUGUGAGGACAGACUCGUCAUGGUGACCACAGAGACCCACCAGGCCCAGGACCUGCUGGUCCCCGCACAGAACCAGGACCAGCUAGACCAGGCAAAGGAACAGCAGGAUGAGAACCCGGCCUCCCCCUCGUCCCCCCUGGCAGGAUUCGACCCGGACACAAUGAGUCAGGGUCCCGUCAAUGCCAUCACGGUCCUCACUCUGCUGGACAAACUGGUCAACAUGCUGGACACCGUGCAGGAAAAUCAGAACAAGAUGGAGGUGCACCAGGUGGAGAUGGAGGGUGUGGUCAGAGGGAUCCAGGCUGAUAUGACCAAACUGUCCAAGAGCCACAGUCACACCUCCAACACGGUCAGCAAACUGCUGGACAAGAGCCGUAAACUGUCCGUCACCAUGAAGGAGGUGCGAGAUAAGAUGGAGCGUCAGGGACUCCAGGUGAAGAAGCUGGAGGCGAAUCACGCCCACCUGAUUAACAGGAACAACUUCAAAGUCCUCAUAUUCCAGGAGGAAAACGAGAUCCCCUCCAGUGUUUUCAUAAAAGAUCCUCCUCCAUUCCCUCGUGAUGAGAUUUUGGAAGAAGGCGAUGAAUCAGCACCAGGCAUCGUUGAUGGCAAUCGAUCCCAGGAGAGCGGGCUGCAGACCAUCGACCUAUCAUCUGAUGAGGAUGUUGGGCUGGACGCGGAGCUAGAGGAAGAGGAAGUGUGGCCUCAUGAUCUGGAGAACAUGGAGAAAUCCAGAGCUGAGAAACUGAAACGCUCCAGUCUGAAGAAGGUCGACAGUCUGAAGAAGGCAUUCUCCAGGCAGAACAUCGAGAAGAAGAUGACAAAGAUUGGAACAAAGAUUGUUUCUCAGGAGCAACGAGAGAAGAUCAAACAGAAAACCUCCAGCCUGAAGGUUUCACCUCUGACAUUCAGUAUCAGAAAGCCUCGCAGCAGCUCCGACUCUCAGCCCACUGAAGGCUCCACUCAGGCCGGGGAAGCAGUGAUCACUGAGGCUGAGGUCCAGCUCUCCCCGCUGGGCGGCACCGACCAGGAUGUCCCCUUCACCGAGGUCCACGCCCAACUGGCCCCAGCUGAGCAGGAAGAGAAGGAGGAGGAGAUGAAGGAGGAGGUGAAAGAAGAGGAGGAGAAAGAGGAGGAGGAGGAGGAGGAGAGGGGAGGUGAGGAGGCAUCAGGUGUGGAGGCAGAUCCGUUGGUGGUUUCAGAGGGAGUGAGUCAGGAGUACGCUCUGUCCACCACCCUGCGCCAGGAGGAGAAAGAGGAGGAGAAAGAGGAGGAGAAAGAGGAGGAAUCCUAAACACUCUUCAUGGAGUGAUCGAUCAGAGUUCAGAUCUGAGUUGUGAUCGAUCAGAGACUGAAGUUUUGUCUUGUUAUUGAUACAUAUAUUUUUAUUAAGUGUCUGCACACAGGUUGAUUGAUUGAUUCCAGAUAUCUGAUCAGUUGAUAUUUAAUGUUUUUACACGUCACCAUGAAAACUGCAUAUCUCCAAAACAUCAACUUUUAAAGAUCCGAUCAAUUUUUAGAUUAAAGUUUUGUUUGAAGUUGGAGAAUUUUAAUGUUUAAUUCUUCAACUGAUCUGAAAACCUAAAACUUUAAAACCUUAUGAUAUGUUGUUUUUCUUGGUCAGCAAUGUUCCUUUCAGGUUCCUUUUUACGUUUAUUUGUGUUUUAUUCAAAACCAGCUGAUAAUAACUAAUGAUCAAUAACAGAUAAAUCAAUAUAGCGUAAAAACAGUAGUGGAACCUGGUUCUCAGGGAUUACUGAGGUAAACAUGGUGCUUAACAGAACCCUGAGAACAUAAAACAUUACUCUAACAUUCUUCCAAUGUUCCUGUUGUGUAUGAAUAUACAAAUUUUUUCUCACCUUGAGGUUCCUCUAAAGUUCUUCUACUCUAUCCCAAUAAUUUCCCUAAUGUUCCUCAAAGUUUAGCCAAACAUUCAUCAAAAGAUCCCUUUAACUAAAGUACCUCUAAGGUUCCACUGAGCUUGCCCAUUGUUCCCCCAGGGUUCCCAUAGAGUUUCUCAGAGGUUCCUCUAAGGUUCACCUAGAACUCUGCUAAGGCACUCCCAAGUUUUGCCCAAGGGUCCCCAAAGCCCCUACCAGUUCCUCCAAAGGGUUUUCCACUAAAGUUUUUUCCAAAAGUUUCUCCUAUAAGGUUCCUCUACCUUUGUCUUAAGGUACCCCCAACAUCCUCUAACAUUGGUCUUCCAGCGUUUUCUUAGCAUUCCCUUAAAGGUUCUCCUAACAUUCCUGUGAGGUUCCUGCAAGGUUCCUCUAACAUUUCCCCUCGGUUCCUCUAAUGUUCCCCAAAGGUUCCGCUAACAUUCCACUUGGUGUCCCCUCUAGGGUUCCCUUAAGUUUCCACUGAUGUUUCCCCCAACUUUUUCUUAAGGUUCCUCUAAAGUUCCACUAAUAUUCUCCUAAUGGCCCUCUGUUACUGAAAUGAGUUCUAUCAGAAAUGAUCUGUGUGUUCCAAUGAUCAGUUAAUGAUCAAUAAGUCGAUCAGUUUGGUUCUUAUAGCCUCUGUGUGUGUGUGUGUGUACACUGAAUAAUAACAAUAUAACUGCAUAUUAUUCACCCUGAAGUAUUGAUAACUGACAAACUGAUCAACAGACCUGAUCAAACAGUUUGAUCUGUGACAGACUGAUGAUGUAUAUUGAUGAAUAUUGAUGACAUAAACAGUCUGUUUUGUUAAGAACUGAACAAUCAAACUGUUUUAUCUCUCUGUUGUUACGGUUUUUCAUUUUAUUUUGACAGAAAUAGAAACUUCCUGCUACCAAAGAACAUUUCCUGUUUGACUUAUGUUACCUGUCCGACUGUCAAUCAUCCAACAGGUGUGUGACAAUCACCUGAAAAUAAAGAAUAAAAUCAA